CGUCCGAACACAGUAAGCAAACAAACAACCUAUGGAAGAAGAAUUCAUUGAGCCACUCACCAAAGAUGGCUCCGACCUCUGCCAGCAGCUAAUGGACCGUUACGCCAACUCUUCCGCGCCGCAGCACCGCCAUCUCGUCGCCACCGCCGCCGCCCUGCGCUCCAACCUUAACGCCGAGUCCCUCCCUCUCACGCUGCCCGCGUACUUUGCUGCUGCCAUCUCUGAGCUCGCGGACGACUUGGCUGCUGAGGCGCUUGACCCAACGGCGCUCUCUGCCCUGCUGUCCUUCAUGGCCAUUGGUCUUCCCUUGGUUCCGCAGGGUGGUAUCGCCGCUCCGAAGGCGUGCGACACAGCUGCUAUUCUUGUCGCUCUACUGGACAGGGAGGGAGAUGGGAAGGGGUUGGGUAUGUCGACCAUAAGGGCCGCAGUGAAGUGCUUGGGGGUUUUAAUUGGGUUUUGUGAUUUGGAAAAUUGGGACUCUAUUAAAUUAGGUUUUGAAACAUUGCUGAAGUUUGCAGUUGACAAACGCCCAAAGGUACAAAGAUGUGCUCAAGAGUCUCUUGAGAAGGUUUUCCGGUCUAUUCAUUCCUCUAAAGUUGUUAAGGAUGCUAGCAAGUUAGUUUUGUCAAUGCUUAAAAGUGGCAUUGCUUUGGUGAUAAAAUUGAUCGAAGUCAUUCCAAAGGUUCUUUCGGUUCCUGCAACCUUGCCGACAGAUGAUUAGCCUUACGUAACACGUAACUGGACCAUUUUCACUGAGAGGAUAGACGGUAGCCAUUGACAAUGGUGAUCCCCUUACAUACAGCUUGCCAUGGAAAGGAGUAUGAAUGAUUGAAUGAAGACAGUAGGAAAGCGGAGAUUCAGAAGGAAUAACGCAUCUCCAUACGCUUAUCUGAAAUUUCCGCCAAUGAAUUACAUAAUUAUCUCUAUCUUUAUUUUAUGUUUAUUUAUCUUUUAAUUAUCAAAACUCCAUAACCAUUUGAAUCCGCCUG